UAUAUAUUGCGCAGAUUCUGUUGAAUGGUUUCCAAAAAAUUUUAACGAGUACAGCGAUUUACUGCUUUGUGGGACGUAUCAACUUUUAAAAGAUGAGCCUGAGCCUGGUAGAAUUGUAUUGUCCCAAAAGCGAGCAGGAAAAAUUAUAUUAUAUCUUCGCUGCAAAGAUUGGUCCAUCAAGAAUGUUUUAACUGUGGACACAGAUGCUGUACUUGAUUUAAAAUGGGUACCCCUCCUACAAGAUGUUCGCGAGCAAUUUUUUUUAACAGCAAAUUCUAGCGGAAGCGUUAGCUUAUGGACGUUGAAGACGAAAACUUUUAAAGAGACUAAUGAAAUUCUUUUAAAGCAAACCGUUAAUUUUCAAAAAAGUGGGAAUUUCGAAGUUCUAGCAUUAGCUGUUGACUUUUCUCCAGUUGAUCAGAAAGUUGCCUCUUGUGGAAGCGAUGGCACAAUGAGUGUGUGGAGUAUAUCCAACGAGAAAUAUUUAAGAGAAAGUUUUUCUUGGGAAGCGCACGUUUCAAAGUUUGCUUCUUCUUGCGAGGUUUGGACCUGUUCCUUUGAUACGUUGAAGCCACAAUUGCUUUAUAGCGGCGGGGAAGACGGGCUGUUAAAAUGUUGGGAUCUUCGACAGAAGCCGUAUUCCACUGUCUUCACGUUAAACUUUCACUCUGCGGGUAUUACCAGCGCGAAAAAUAACCACUUCGAUGAAGCUUACUUUGCUACGGGAAGCUACGAUGAACGCAUGUGCUUAUGGGACCGAAGAGCGCUGAAGACUCCCGUCGCGUGCAAAAAGAUGGGAGGCGGCAUAUGGCGGCUUAAAUGGCAUCCUUCGUCGAGGUGGUUGCUCGCGGCUGCGUGUGUUUAUAAUGGUUUCCAGAUAGUGGAGUUUAAUAAUGCACAAGAAAUUAUUGUAAAAGAAACUUUUAACAAUCCGCACGCUUCCUUGGCUUACGGAAUAGACUGGCAUUCGUCAGGACACGCGCUCGCCACGUGCUCUUUUUAUGAUCAUCUUAUUUCCUCGUGGUCAUACGAACAGUAAAAAAAGAAAAAGCAGGGACCACCCAGGAUGAAUCUCCCGCAGGACCACCACGCUAACGGAAGAAGGGCCGGAGGAAAC